CAGGCCCUGGCCCACCUUUGUUCGCUCUGGUGACUGCGAUGAGGUCUGAUCAGGGACACUCGACAAUGCCAACACCUUUUCCUCCCAAGAGUUGCUUCUUUGAGUCAGGGCGUGGCUCGGCCCCCAAAGUGCAGGGCCUGAAGGAUUACCCUGAUCGGCCCACUCUUAGGACACAGGAGUGUUAACAGCAGAAUCAGGUUCACAUGGACGAACUGAUGACAAAGCAGGACAUCUGGAAUGAUGAGUUCUGGCAGAACCCCUGGGACCAGGGAGGCCUGGUAGUGAUCAUUUUAUUCAUCACCAUGAUCCUGUUUCUCAUUGUGUUUGCCAUUGUAUUUGGUUUUCUCCCUCCGCUUGAGAACAUCAACCAGUGUGAAGAGUUGUGACCUGACUUUCUGGAGGCCAAGAAGGGGACCACCUGUUAGAUACUCUCGAAACACCAUGUACGUUUUCUUCAAAGCCUUUUCAGAGUCUGCAAUUAUACACUUUUAUUAAUGUAAUUAA